UCCACGUACCCAAGCCCUACCCAGAUCCCAUCGAUCCCCUCCUCCUAUCGCACCCCUCCCCCAUCUCGUCGCCGUCGCCAUCGACGGCGCUCCCCUCGAUCCCUCCCACCGCCGUCUCCCUCCAUCAGAUCGAGCUCCCCCUCCCCUCUCCCUCCCACCUCUCGAAGCUUCCGUGUCCCACCGCCGCGCACCAUGCUCCUCUGCAGCUUCUGCGGCGACGUAGCUGCCCCUGACUACCAUGCUACCGCGGCCGGCCACGGCGGCCAGUACCCGUACUACUCCUACGGCGGUGGCGCCGACGCCUUGUGCCGCUGUGGCAGGCCGGCGACGAUGACCGUGCCCACCGAGGAGGGUUUCUUUGACGACAUCUUCGGCGCCCGUGCACGUCAGUUGCGGUCGAGGUCCAGGUCCAAGUCCACCAAGUCGUCGUCGGUGAUCAGCUUCGACGAGUUUGGCUCCGGCCGCUCCGCCUUCCGGUCGGUGACCACCAGCGGCGGCGCGGUAAAGCUGCUCUCUCCUCCUUCACGUCCAAGCUCAGGUGAACCAGACGUCAGGUUCCACUUCUUGGUGGAGCGAUGUGCGCGUGCACCUAGCAUUUCUUCUAAAACUCAGUGUCUCUCAAGCUACACCGCAGGACUCAACCGUACCGUAUGCCGGGCGUCGUCGUGGUACUAACGGCCAGGCCACCGACGCCGGCACCGACCCCCACCAGAGAUCCGCCGCCGCCCAGGACCCCAAGCUGCUGGACGACUUCGAAGACGCCGAAGCCGACACCAAAGUUUAACUACCACCUCCAAAUCAAAUCUUGGGCUUCAUUCAUGGCUGUCUAGUACUGCUAGUUAAUCCUGGGGCUUAAUUACCAUUAGUCCACAUUUCAUAUUAUUCUUGGAGUACCAUACUGUAGCAGCAACAUUGUACUAUAGCAGCAGCAUUAGUGUUGUACUGUAGUCUGUAGGAUGCACCUGCAUAUGCACCUACAUGUGUAGUCAGUAACUAGUGCUACUACUUGAACUCAAAAUUUCUUUUACAAAGAAUAAAAAGAUGAGCAUUUCUCCAGCCAAUGUCUGCAGUAGUUGCUGCUAUGUAAUCAUCGUCUGGACCUAUGCAUUUCAUCAAAAUUUGCAAUGAUGUUUGUUGCCUAAGAAACUAGCGAAUUAUAGAGGCCUGAGAUUCUUCUUUUGUUGUACUUGUACAUGUAGCAGUGUUCUUCGCACUAUGACCUAAAGCAAUCAGUCGGACAAUUGCAGUCUUGGCAUGCUCUGUUGCUCUCCUAGUUGUUAACCUAUGUGUAGUAGUACGUAGGAAUAGAGGUAUGCUAAAUCUGGCAUUUUCAAGUAUGUUGUGUUGCUUUGACUGCUCUCAGUUUAAUAAUUUUAACUCUUCUGGCAUUUUCAAGUAUGCACAGUGUAUUAGUGUAUCAUCAUCUGUGUUAUACGUUUCCGCCACGGAAUCAACGAAAUGUUUCUGCAAUAAGAUGUAUUUAUUUAGACGAAGUAUCCACUUUCCCUGACAUAAUAUGUUCAUGUUCACGACAGGCCCCCUGCAAAUUGCUGGAUGCAACAUCAAUGCAGCUCUGAUCCAGAACCUGGUUCUUGGAUGCAACACGCAUUGUGCUGGACAGGUAUAGCCCCGGUCACACCAUAAUAUGUUAGUGCUCAAUCAUGUAUGCAUCUCCAUGUUGCAAGCCUGCCAUACUUGAUAGGAUCAGUACUUAUUAACUGCUCAUAUGUGCUUGUAGAGAAGAAUACAAUUAUUAUUUGACCAGUCUAGAUUUUUAACAUUUGAUGUGCUUCCAAGGGACACAGAUCUCUACUCUUCUAUAUAAUCCACACUUUGUUCUGGAAGCAAGUUAGUUGUACCAUGCUGUUACAUCACAACAAGGUGUCAUUUGAUGUACUGCUGCUGUUGAUGCUCCCUAGAGUCUAGAUGAAGAUGUACUGCUGCUAUUGAUGCUCUAGCUGUAGCAUGUACUAUUGCUGUUUUGCUACUGCAGUGUUAGUUUCGCUACUGCUAGCUGUUGGCUGCUACUAGUUAGUACUUAGUAGUUACUGCUAGCAGUGCUAGUAGUUAAUGCUGCUUCUAUUGCUUGUGCAAUUGUGCUAGUAGCCAGUAGAUGUUCAUUGCAUGACAUGCACUAGUAGCUAGUAGAUGUGUUGGUACCUAUACGCUAGUACUAUUGGUGUGUUGAAUGUCUUAGUAGAACAUCAUCAGGUUGAUGUGUUGUAGUCAAGUUUUGGAAGUUUUGCCAUGCCAUGCUUACUGUUUACUGAACUGAGGUAUUUGGGCAUUUAUGUGUAAUUUUUAUUCUCUUGAAUGGAUAUUUUUAUUGGCAAUCAUUUAAGUUCCACUGUAUCUUAUAAUUUAUGCAGAUCAGGAUCUAAUGUUGUUGAGGUGGCUGCUGUUGUGACCAUGAUCAGAAGAAGCCUGGAGAUGUGCACAAUAGUUUUAGUUGAUGUUACCACCAUGUUUUGGUGCAUGUGUAUUUCUUUUUGAUUGUGCAGACGUGUAUGUGCUGUUGUGAGUUUCAUUGAGUGAUUUCUGGAUUUGAUCAUUUAAUUGUGAGAAUUAUUGAUUGUUUACUGUUGAAAUGUGUAAAAUAAAUCUGUCAAUGAAAAGGCUGAAUGUUCUAUUGGAUCGAAUAA